AUCUUCUUUAUUAUUAUUUUUUGGCGAGACUUAAAAAAUUGUAGAACUUGCAGAUCGCACAGUACUUUAAAAAAUUCAAAUGUGGGCUUGCGUCGCUUGACAGGAUUGAGUUCGUUUGUGAUCCAUGGCGUCGCUCAGCAUGACUCAUAUCAGAGGCGGAAACUCCGCCGUCGGGCUGCCGCUGUCUCGCCGGCCAAGUUUAAAUAGGUGCAGCCGAGUUGGAGUUCGAGUUUGGGCCUCCGAGACUAGGCCGGAGCCCGACCUCAGCGUCAUCGUCAAUGGGUUGCACAUGCCCAACCCAUUUGUCAUCGGGUCGGGUCCACCCGGUACCAAUUACACGGUCAUGAAGAGGGCAUUUGACGAAGGAUGGGGAGCUGUCAUUGCCAAAACAGUGUCACUGGAUGCUGCUAAAGUUAUAAAUGUUACCCCUCGAUAUGCUCGGCUACGAGCAGGCGCAAAUGGCUCAGCCAAAGGACAAAUUAUUGGGUGGGAGAAUAUUGAACUUAUCAGUGAUCGCCCUCUUGAAACUAUGUUAAAGGAAUUCAAGCAAUUGAAAAAAGAGUAUCCAGGUAGGAUACUAAUUGCUUCAAUCAUGGAGGAGUACGACAAAGCAGCAUGGGAGGAACUUAUUGAGCGAGUUGAGGAAACUGGAAUUGAUGCCAUGGAGAUCAAUUUCUCAUGUCCCCAUGGUAUGCCAGAGCGUAAAAUGGGUGCGGCUGUUGGGCAAGAUUGUGUGCUGCUGGAGGAGGUUUGUGGAUGGAUAAAUGCAAAGGCCACUGUUCCUGUGUGGGCAAAGAUGACUCCCAACAUCACUGACAUUACAGAGCCAGCUAGGGUGGCUAUAAAGUCAGGAUGUGAGGGAGUCUCUGCUAUUAAUACAAUUAUGAGUGUCAUGGGAAUCAAUCUCAAUAGUUUACGUCCUGAGCCUUGUGUUGAAGGGUACUCAACUCCUGGAGGUUAUUCUUCCAAGGCAGUUCAUCCUAUUGCACUUGGAAAAGUGAUGCGCAUUGCACAAAUGAUGAAGUCAGAAUAUGAUGAUAAAGAUUAUUCAUUAUCUGGAAUUGGAGGUGUUGAGACUGGUGGUGAUGCGGCCGAAUUUAUUCUUCUUGGAGCAAAUACUGUCCAGGUUUGUACCGGUGUUAUGAUGCAUGGGUAUGGCCUGGUAAAGAAACUUUGUGCUGAGCUGAAAGAUUUCAUGAAAAUGCACAAUUUCUCAUCCAUUGAAGAUUUUAGGGGGGUUUCUCUUCAGUACUUCACAUCUCACACGGAUUUGGUAAGAAGGCAGCAAGCAGCAAUUCAGCAAAGGAAAGCAAUCAAGCAAGGUUUGCAGUCUGACAAGGACUGGACAGGUGAUGGCUUUGUAAAAGAGACUGAAAGCAUGGUUUCCAACUGAAAAUCGGCUGUAAGCUUUCUCCCUUGUACAACUAAAAAUAAAUGUGGUAUUUGACUCUCUCCCCAGGUUGGGGUUUGAUUUAUGUAUUUUUAAGAAAGCCAAACUCCUUCGGGAUUGUGAGUACCUGGAAUAUCAGUUCUCUCAUCGUUUACUCAAUUUGAAAGCUAGAAUUGUCCACUGGCUCUCUGGGUUGGAAACAGGCUGAAGCUCAUAAGAUAUGGGAGCGAGUUCAGUGAUUGAUUUGCUCCAAUGGUAGGACUUCUUACCGAUAUACUUCUAAUUACUUCAUUGCAGACUGAGAGACGCUCCUUACCUGCUGCCAGCCUCUUGCUGAAAUGCAAUAAAAAGUUUCAAUGCUCCUAAGCAAAUUUCUGGAUCAGAAAAAUGUAGUAUAAUAUGUUGUUCAAGCUGUACAUGUGAACUUUGUGCGAGACAUGAGAUAAUGAUUAAGGAAUCAUUAAGUGCAGUUUUAGAAGUGCACAGAAACAAGUGCUACUUUUCUUUAGUUCUUUGUUUAUAUAUUUCAUCUUAACUGGAGGGCUUUCAGAUAUAAUGUUAUUUUGUUACUAAUUUGUUGGCACCAUAAA